UAGUUGUGAUUCAAACAAUGUGUACCUGCGUAAACUUUUCUGGUAUUAAAUAAGACAAUCUGACUUCUCUCUUCAUCACUUGCGCAAUCAAAAUAAACAAGCAAAGUUUUUUGAGAUUGCAGUUAGCAAUGGAGCAAACGUCUCUCAAGCUUGUCUUCUUGGUCUCCCUCACAGUCAUAGCAUUUUGUUCGUCUUUGGGUGACACCAGAGAGAUAGUGGAGGAAGAAGCGAAUUGCAUCAACGGCAAAUGUCCUGAAGGAAAGAAGAACUGUAACUGCUUGCAGACAAUAGCACAGGUACCUUUAACGGAUUACGACCGGCCUUGCAAUAUAGAUAGUGACUGUAACAAGUUCUGUCCUCCGCAAUGCCAGCUUGGAACCUGUGUCUGUAGGUGUGAUUUUGGUUGCACAUGUACCUGUUAUUGAGGUUUAGUAGAUAUGA